AUGACUUGGUGUCAUUGUCCUUGCAAGAAAGACAUCGAGUAUUACAACAUCUGUAUGAAGUCUUCCCAAAACAGUAAUAACGCGUGUGGACUCCACCUUACCGAAUACGAUACAUGUAUAAAGAAAAAGUUUACAGAACUGGAGUCUAAGGUUGAAAUGUUCGGGCAUUCACAAAACAGAACAACUCAUCACAUCUCAUUUAUGGCAAGUCUUUCACGCAAUUUGAACCUUGUUAGAGGGACUCUACUCAUCUUUGACAGUGUAAUCACCAAUAAGGGAGGAGCUUACAGCAGCAGCACUGGUAUAUUUACCGCCCCUGUAACCGGGUCUUACUUCUUUGUGGUCACUUUAGGACUUCCAACCCCUUCCUCCUCUGAAGGCGGGGACUACAUCAGAAUACUUUUCUUGAAGAACGGCAAACGUUCUGGGUACUUGUUCAUCGGAACUGAAGGUUUAUGGACCAGAAGAUCAGAAAAUUCCUUAAUGGAACUUUCAAAAGGGGACAAAGUGAAACUGUCCAUCAUCACUACCGGUACUGGGUUUUCCUACAUUGCGGGAGGAAACUAUCACUCGCACUUCUCAGGAUUUCUAAUCAAUUGA